UGCUGCCCGUCACACAGACUGACCCACAUGACUCUUUCUCUCUCUGUCACGCAGACGGAUUUUUAAAGUGUUUGAGAUUCGGAUCUUAAGACGUUUCUCGGUGUGUGUCCACGCAGCUGUAGGUGGGGCUUUGUCGCAUGUCUGUGGCAUGCUCCGGUCUCUCGCCGUUUGGCUCUCCCUCCCUUUCUCUUUCGCCCUCCCCACUCCCUCUUUUCGUCUCCUUGCCUCCCUCCCUCUCUCGGAGCCACUGCACCAUGUUGGAUACAAAGAGCCGAGGGGAGCGAAGGACCAGAGCGUGUCACUAGCAUGUGGGGGGGUAACGCAACGUCGCACGGCAACCUAUUAACCAGUCCUCCGGAGAGAGAUUCGAAGACAAAUGACUGCUGAAGACGAAAGGCAAGGAUAUAUUUAACCAAACAGACGAGCGAGAUGCUUCUGAAAGGAAGAGAACCGCUUGAAAACGCCGCGCGGCCAAGGAGCCAGAUGCACGGCUAAUUAUUGUCGUCGGGAGCUGCUUUGCAAUCUGGUGGCCGCCGAUCUGCAACUAGACGCCAAACGGCAGAAAGACAGGCUACAGACGAUAUUUGCUCGUUUUGAUGACGCCUUAAAUUCUGGCAACAUGGCUCUGAGCCCAAGUCACGAUCGUAGUUUCGACGAUGACGACAGCGUGGAUGGGCGCUCCUCCUCAGCUCAGGCUGCUUUCAAGAUUCCCAAAGUUCCCAAGAAAGCUGCAGAGUCCUCUGCUGCACGCAGACCCAGCGCCACCAGCGGCAAGCUAGUGUCUAAGGAAAGUGCUGGAGCAGUGGAUGAAGAAGAUUUCGUCAGAGCCUUUACAGACGUCCCUACAGUUCAGAUCUACUCCACACGGGACCUUGAGGACAACCUCAACAAGAUCCGCGAGAUCUGCUCUGACGACAAACACGACUGGGACCAGAGAUGCAACGCUCUGAAAAAAAUCCGGUCGCUGCUGGUCGCGGGCGCACCCGGCUACGACUGUUUUUACCAGCACCUCCGGUUACUAGACGGAGCCUUCAAGCUGUCUGCUAAAGAUCUGCGCUCACAAGUGGUCCGAGAGGCAUGCAUCACUGUGGCCCAUCUCUCGUCAGUCCUGGGCAAUAAGUUUGACCAUGGAGCCGAAGCCAUCGUCCCCGUUCUGUUCAACCUCAUUCCCAACUGCGCCAAAGUCAUGGCCACCUCUGGCGUCUCCGCCAUUCGCAUCAUUAUACGGCACACCCACGUCCCGCGGCUCAUCCCUCUGAUAACUAGCAACUGCACGUCCAAAUCUGUGGCUGUAAGAAGGCGCUGUUAUGAUUUCCUGGACCUUCUUCUACAGGAAUGGCAGACCCACUCUCUAGAAAAACACACUGCAGUUCUGGUGGAAAGCAUCAAAAAGGGAAUUCGAGAUGCCGACUCGGAGGCCAGAGUGGAGGCCCGCAAGGCCUACUGGGGCCUGAGGAACCACUUCCCAGGUGAAACCGACGCUCUGUACAACUCCUUGGAGUCGUCUUACCAGAGGACGCUGCAGUCCUGUCUGAAGAGCUCCGGCAGCGUGGCCUCUCUUCCCCAGAGCGACCGCUCCUCAUCGUCCUCCCAAGAGAGCCUUAACCGUCCUCUGACUUCCAAGUGGUCGGCCGCUCCGGGGCGAGUCCCUGCUGGUUCAAGGGGCGGGGCUUCCUCGGUCUCCCUGCAGCGUUCCCGCAGCGACGUGGACGUGAACGCGGCAGCAGUUGCUAAAUACCGGCACGUCGGACAAACCAAGGGAGCGAACCGCCUGCCCCCCGGCUCCUACUCCUCUCUGGAUGAUGCCUCUGAUAAAACGGAUGGAACCAGGUCAGACAAUGGCCGAGUUCGUGCCAAGCAGCCCCUGUCGACCGCCAGCACCGUGUCGAGCCAGGUGGACUCUCGAGGGCGCAGCCGCGCCAAGAUGGUCUCCCAGUCGCAACGUUCCGACGAAUCCGAUUGCACGCCAGGAUCUCAGUCUGCUAACCCUGUUGGUGCCGGCAGUCGGAGCGGCUCUCCGGGUCGCGUGCUGACCACCACGGCGUUGAGCACCAUGAGCUCGGGGGCUCACCGGGUGCUGGGCGGAGCCACCGGGGACGGACACAGGCGCAGCCGCAUCCCCCGCAGCCAGGGCUGCUCCAGAGACUCCUCGCCCACUCGGCUCUCCGUCGCUCCUUCUAGCUUUAGCUCAAACUACAACGGUGCCAGCAGAGGAGCUAGAGGCAGUCGGAUCCCUCGGCCCAGUAUGAGUCAGGGCUGCAGCAGGGAGGCCAGCAGGGAGAGCAGCCGGGACACCAGCCCUGUACGCUCCUUCACACCUCUUGCAACUCGGAGCUACUCCCGCUCCACUGGAGCACUCCACACACCUGACGCUUUUGGGGCUGCAGGAUCGGGUUUCGGCAUCAGCCAGUCGAGUCGUCUCUCUUCUUCGGUUAGCGCCAUGAGGGUCCUCAACACCGGCUCCGACGUAGAGGAGGCCCUCGCGGAUGCGCUGCUGUUGGGAGACAUGAGAUCUAAGAAGAAGCCGGCACGGCGGCGGUACGAGAACUACAACAUGUACUCUGACGACGACGCCAACAGCGACGCAUCCAGCGUCUGUUCGGAGAGAUCCUACAGCUCGAGGAACGGAGGGGCCAUCCCCACCUACAUGAGGCAAACUGAAGACGUGGCUGAGGUGCUCAACCGCUGCGCCAGCGCCAACUGGUCUGAGAGGAAGGAGGGACUUUUGGGCCUGCAGGCACUGCUUAAGAACCAGCGCACACUCAGUCGGGUGGAGCUGAAGAGGUUGUGUGAAAUCUUCACUAGGAUGUUUGCAGACCCUCACAGUAAGCGAGACUCCGGCAGGGUGUACGGCUCGGCAGAAUCCGGUAUAAGCUCAGCCUCCUUCAAGAGAGUGUUCAGUAUGUUCCUGGAGACCCUGGUGGACUUCAUCCUGGUCCAUAAGGACGACCUCCAGGACUGGUUGUUCGUCCUGCUCACGCAGCUGCUGAAGAAGAUGGGGGCCGACCUGCUGGGUUCUGUCCAGGCCAAAGUCCAGAAAGCUCUGGACGUCACGCGGGAGUCUUUUCCGAACGACCUUCAGUUCACUAUUCUCAUGAGGUUCACUGUGGACCAGACGCAGACACCCAGCCUCAAGGUGAAAGUGGCCAUCCUGAAGUACAUCGAGACGCUGACGCUGCAGAUGGAGGCCCCCGACUUCGUGAACUCCAGCGAGACUCGACUCGCGGUUUCUCGCAUCAUCACCUGGACAAUUGAACCCAAGAGCUCCGAUGUCAGAAAGGCAGCCCAGGCGGUUCUGAUUGCCCUGUUCCAACUAAACACUCCGGAGUUCACCAUGCUGCUGGCAGCUCUUCCCAAAACCUUCCAGGACGGAGCCACCAAGCUGCUCCAGAACCAUCUGAAGAACACGGGCAACACGGCCCAGGCACCAAUGGGAAGCCCUAUGACGCGCCACACCCCCCGAGCGCCAGCCAGCUGGCCCAGUCCCGUCACCUCACCUACCAACACCUCACAAAACACCCCGUCACCAAGUGCAUUUGACUACGACCCGGAGAACCUGAACUCCGAGGACAUCUACAGCUCCCUGAAAGGCGUCACCGAGGCGAUCCAGAACUUCAGCGUCCGCAGCCAGGAGGACAUGAACGAACCGGUCCAACGGCGGGAAGGAGACGACGGGGGAAACGUGUCAGACUUGAUGGACGGCGGUCGGAUGGCUCUCGACAACAAGACUUCCCUCCUCAACACGCCCCUUCUCACCUCCAGCCCCCGAGUCGGCCAUGACCACUUCUACGACUCGCCCCUGAAACAGAGCCGGAAGGACAUCAGCCUGGAGGACUCGGGCCAACUCACCGACGACAGCGGGCUCGAUCAGUCGGAGCGAGUGGCCGAGCUCCUCAAGGAGCUGUCCAAUCACAACGAGCGCGUAGAGGAAAGGAAGGCGGCGCUGUACGAGCUGCUCAAGCUGAUCCGCGAAAACACCCUGCAGGUGUGGGACGAGCACUUCAAGACCAUCCUGCUGCUUCUGCUGGAGACGAUGGGCGACAGAGAGCAUGUGAUCCGAACGCUGGCUCUGAGGGUGCUGAGGGAGAUUCUUGGUAAGCAGCCUUGGAGGUUCAAGAACUAUGCAGAGCUCACCAUCAUGAAGGCUUUGGAGGCUCACAAAGAUCCACACAAAGAGGUGGUCCGCGCCGCAGAGGAGACGGCUGCCAUGUUGGCGUUGUCCAUCAGUCCAGACCAGUGCAUCAAGGUGUUGUGUCCAAUUAUUCAGUCAGCUGAUUACCCCAUCAACCUGGCUGCUAUCAAGAUGCAGACGAAGGUGGUGGAGAGAGUUCCCCGAGAGGGCCUGGCCAGCAUGCUGCCCGAGAUCGUCCCAGGACUCAUACAGGGUUACGAUAACUCUGAAAGCAGUGUGAGGAAAGCCUGUGUGUUUUGCCUGGUGGCCAUCCAUGCGGUGAUCGGAGACGACCUCAAACCGCACCUCGGCCAACUCUCCAGUAGCAAGCUGAAGCUGUUGAAUCUCUACAUCAAGCGUGCCCAGUCUGGCUCCACUGGCAGCGAACCUUCAGGCGAGAGUCUAUAGAAGUCGCUCACUCCCAGAGUGUGACUGCAGAACCGCAACUGUCCACAGCAAAAAAACAAAAAAAAAAAAAAACAUCUGCUCCUCAGAUCACACCCACACAGACGGAGACCGACGGGGGCAGACUGCUUGCAUCCACAACAAGACAUGGUGUAUACACACAAAAUAAGUACACAGAGUGCUCAUGUUUCCAGCUUCACUGCAAGAGAGAGAGAGUGAAGGGGAGAGAGAGAGAGAGAGGAUGUCAUGAUUCAGAGGAGAGGAACGUUGUAGUUCUCACUGAGCAUCGCCCACCCCGGCCUCAGACUGGACUGAACCCUUAAAUCUGGAAUAAAUAAAAACAGCAGCCGACUUCCGCUCUCAUGUUCCACCCAGGUUUCUCACCACUCACUCACUCAUUCACUCACUCACUCACCCACUCACCCCAGGAUGAAGAUGUCGCGUGUCCGUCCGUACGUCCUGUCCAACAACGUCCGCUCUGAGAAACAGCCAAACAUCAGUAGGGAGUGAUGCAUCUGCAUGGUUUCAUUUUUCCGGGGGGUUUAAUAUUUAUACAACAUUGCGAUGAACAAACUGUGCUCUUUCCCGUUUCCUUCUUGGACAGUCAGUAACCGGGUCCAGGUUGCCGGGAAUGUAAAAUGUACACGGUGUCAUAGUUUGGAUUAUUUUAAGAAAUGAGGUUUUACUGCAGUGUUUUUUUUUUUUUUUAAUACGUUAUAUUUUCUCACACACCAAGAAUCUCCUUUUUUUUGUUUUUGUUUUGUUUUUCCAGAAAGGUGCUGACAAAUCUCAGAGGUACGACCCCCCCCCCCUGCUGCAGCGCACUAACACACACAACAGUAUCGAUAAAAUCCAGACCACGGGGCUGGUGGGGGAGGUGUUUGGCUAUGAAACUAAAGAUAAAGAAAUAACAUUUUAUUGCGGUCAGGUUUGCAGUCGAGAAUAAAACUGGCUGCGGUUUUAAAUUAACGUGAACGACGUCCGGCCCCUUUCACAUGAACCCCAGAUGGUUUUCCAUUUCUCCAAGCUCACGCUCGAUCGGCCCGCUUCUGAGGAAGAUGCUGCUUUACACAUGAAGUAUGACCGGACCUGGCUAAUUAUCAUAUAGUGGACAUGUAUCUAUAUAUGAUAUUAAGAUUAAUUAUUCAAUAACAGUGUCAGGUAGGAGGAAAUUCCCCUACCUCCCAGGGUGGGGGGGAGGUGCAGGCACGCACAUUCACCCAUCCACGCUUUAUUUCCUUUUUUCUGUUGCGCGUGCCGUAGUCUUACUGACUCACUGUUUUUUUUGUUUUUUGGGGGUAUUUUUCUCAGUUGAGAAGAAAUUUGUAGAAAUGUAUUAUUUACAGAUAUGGAAAGAAAACGUCCUGUCUUCUUCACUUUUCUCUUUCCUCUCCAUUGUCUUUCUUUCCUCUGUCUCAUAACAUUCUAGUUUUCUUUGUGCAUUUACAAAAGCUGUGCUUACAAUAAAGUAAAGAACUUGUACAGAUCAUGAUGAUAGA